AUGGCCACCCCCACCGCCUCCGCCGUCCUUUGGCCCACCAAGUUCCUCCCCGGCGCCACGGACAACUACGUCUCCAACGAGGUGUUCGCCGUUGGUCUGACGGCAACUCAGGUAUGGCCUUAUUUGGCCGACAGCGCCCAUUGGGAGGCGUACUACGACAACAUCGGCCAAAUCACCCCGCCCGCAUGCGGCUCUCUGUUCACGCCUGCGGCUGUCGGCAGCCACUUCAGCUUUGCCACGUUUGGCUUUCCUCCGCUCGACAUGGAGCUCGCUGAGUGCGUGCCACCGACGGCCACCACGCCCGGCCGCCUGGCUUGGCACGCCCGGAACGACGGCGAUGCGGACUCGGCGAUCGAGGUGUACCACGCGUGGAUCGUGGAGGAUGCGCCGUGGUCGACCAAGGACAAGCCGUUGACGCGGAUUCUGACGCAGGAGACGCAGAUUGGCAAGCCGGCCGCCCAGCUGGCCGAGGCCCAGCCGAACCCCAUGCUCAAUGGCCACCAACGCUGGCUCGACGGUCUGGUCAAGUAUGCCAGGUCGAAAAACUAG